AUGGGCCUGAGCACAACGGGGCCAGAAUGCAACAGGGCCAAGCACGUUGUGCGACCUAGAAGGAACGCUGCUAUAGACCACCGGGCCACAACGUGUGGUCUCACUCACAAUGAGUUUACACUGCUGUGGAUGAAGCUACAUUUUAUGAAGCGAGUAUUCAAGGCAGGGCUCCUUCAAACCAGCUUCUCCGACCUUCCAACUGAACUUGUCUUCCUCAUCCUCAAAUAUUCCGCGCAACCCAUAUUUGACCAGACCGACAAAUAUGAGGCUCAAAUACGCGUUGCGCUUCCCGAACUCCUGCACACCGUAUUGCUGUCGAAAUCUGAAAACUUGACAAUGUUCGUCGAUGCUCUACGUAUGCAACAAGAGGAUGCGGAGAUCCAAAAAUAA